AUGUCUUUACAGUCGAAACCCGUGUACCGCGAGUUUGUACGGUAUAACAAAGAGAAAAAAAUGCUAUGGACUGCCGCCGAUGCCAUCGUCUACUACAUAAUCCCCGAACCUCUGAAACUCAAGGAAGUCGCCUCGCGUGCUGGCGAGUCCACCGUCACGGCUACAGGGAAGGAUGUAGUUUGGUAUUGGGUCGCCACCUCCCCGAACAUGGACCGGAUUCCUCUGGUUCCUCGAGGAUGGCGUGUAAUCCAACCUCGCGCGGAUGGGAGGUAUGGGGUGGACGAUCGCACCCAAUACCCAAUCUACUUUUGCGACGGCUUCGUUUACGCUUGCUGCAUUCCCAAGAAAGUGCCAGAAAUGCGCCUUCUUCGCUACACUCCGCCGGCUUCCGACUGCCCUAUUGUUGCCCAAAACGGCGCCGAAAACAUAAGGUUUCUCAAGCGAACUAUCCUCGAUGAAUACGACAAGUAUCGCAAGACAUACGCAGCCAAAGCAGAAGAUUAUCACAAGGCCAAUCCCCUCUCCACCAACGGUUACCUUCGGGCAAUGGUCGCACAUAUGAACGAUGUUUACUUGCGCCUGGAAACCUGCGGCAUGACGUACAAGGAAAUUCUACUAUACAACGCCGAGUUUCAAGCUGCAUGUCUCGACAUCCACGGUUGGCUGGACUACACCCUCAUCUUUGGUCCUCGCGCGCGCAAGCCACUGGCACCUGACGAACGGCCCCCUGAGGUCGAUGACAAUCGUCUUGGAUGCUUUACGGAAGAUUUCGAGGUCGCUUGCCAAGUUUACCGAAUGGGCAUCCCUGUAUAUUAUCUGAGGCCCUCGUACACUAUUAUGGCGUCUGGGGACCGUCAAAUCAGUGUCAUCCACGGCGAAGUCGCGCCAAUGCCCCCGCUUGUGCAAACACAGCAAUACGCCGAAGGCACCACUAUCUCACCCUAUCCUCCUGUAGCUGAAGGUCCCCCGGGGCCAUGGAUCUACCAGGCCCAGCAACGUCUCGGGUGCUCAAUGGUCGACUUGCGUCUACCGUCCGCGCGAGGGACGAUUGCGAGUGACGGCUCUGUGCGCCAACCAUCUCUCGUGCACCCCGCGCUGCAACCUGCCUCUACCAGCGCCGCCGUUGCGACUUCGCAAACAGUCGGCCCUAUCCGCAAGCACCAAACUUCGCAUCGAACCUCUCCGUAUCCUCAAGUCGAAAUGACCCUUAACCCACCUAAGCUUUCACGUUCGUCGUCUUCAUCCUCGGUCAAGUCCUCCCGAAUCUCGCUUUCGCGUUCGUCGUCUUCAUCCUCUGUCUCCUCAGUCGUCCAAUCGCCACGGACCAGGCCUCUUCCUCCCUUACAAGCACCACAGCUGCAACGCUUCAAAGACAUUACUCUCGACUUCUGGCCUCCCUCCAUCCCCAGUUGGGUGACUGCUCUGAACGCAGUCGAUACGACAAAGCCACGAUACCCUCGAGAGGGCUGGAAGCUGGGCUUUGGCGUUCCCGAUCCUUGGCUAUUCACGAAGGAGAAGGACAGAGAAGUGUUCGUGAUAGCCUGGCUCUUGAGUCGCGGCACCCAACUCGGCAGUCUCUUCCAAUCUUCGUCUCAAGACGAUGCUCCAGACCUCACCAACGCGUUCUGGAAGGGCCACUUCGUGCGCCUUCGAAACCAUCUUCGUGACAAGUCCUCCGCGGCAGCGUCUUCGUCCACUCCAUCCCAACGCCAGCCCUCAAGUUCGAAUACCAAGGCAGCAGAGCGAACCAGUGAGGAAGCACACUUCAUCAAAUUGCUGUCCAUUGCAUCCUCUUUGUCAUCAGUUUCCUAUGGGGACUUGAAGAUAUCGCUCGAUGCAUCCCCUGCUGAACUUCAGAAAUCCAUCACACCCUCCAUCUUAUCCGAGGUUGUCUGGGAGAUACACGAAGUUUGCUUUCGACUCGAACUACUGUACCUUGACCGAACUAAGGCCCUGUCUAAAUGGCCCGUAGCCGCCAAGGAUGCGCCGAAGAACAAGAGGGAUGAGGCCGAUGUGGCUCGAUCAGCCAGAGACAUCCAAGUCCGGCGGUGCUUUGGGUUGAUUCAAGAUGAGGCGUAUCCGGCCUAUUUCCUAAAGCAGAUCCCGAAUGAGAAUAUGCCUUGGGCUUCGGACGACCAUCUCCUUCGGCGACUCGUUGUUAACCGUUUGGCGGAGUUGAUGCAGGAUUGGGAGGGCUGCCCCAAGGAUAUCAAGAUGACAUCAAGUAUUCAACGACCUGACGUCGACGCGCUCGAGAGCAAGGUACUGAAGUACUACUGCGCCACUUUCUUCGAGGAGUUCGGACGAGCCCCUAUCGCACCUCGUCGUCUUCCUCCGGCCUCUCUGCAGCGCAAGGUCCCUCUGGACGUACGACCAUACCAAUUCCAUUAA